UCGAAACAAAAUUUACAGUCGUAAACAACCCUACCACGAAAUUUUUUUUCCAAUACCUCCAUUUUCGUGAAACUGUGACUUUUAGAAAUAAGACGAAUCUCGUUAAUAAAAAAAAAAAAAGCUUUUAAAGUGCUUAUUUUCUCAUUGUCGAGCAAAAUUAUUACAGUGAUAAUGUCUGUUAAUUUGCAAUUUUGAGAUAAACUUAAAGCUACCUCUCUCUUAUUUUUUUUUAUUAUUAUUAUUAUAUAUAUAUAAAAUAAUCGGCAUCUAGUAUGCGGUGACGUCAUUGUAAAUCGUUCUCUCUGAAAGAACGCUGAAAACCAUCACAGAACAAAAAUGGCGGAUCUCUAUGCAACUUAUAGUUGCACCUAUUGUCAAGAAGAUAUCUCAGGAUUGCGUAUCAAAUGUGCAGAGUGCACUGAUUUCGACCUCUGUUUACAGUGCUUUUCAUCGGGAUCGGAAAUUGGUCCACACAAAAAUGAUCAUGCCUAUCAAUUUAUGGACUCGGGGACAGUCAGUUUAUUUAAUGGACGGGGAAAUUGGACGGCGAGAGAAGAAUUACGAUUGUUGGAUGCAAUUGAACAAUUUGGAUUUGGCAAUUGGGAGGAUAUCAGUAAACAUAUCGAAAGACGUACUCCGGAAGAGGCGAAGGAAGAAUACAUAGCAAGGUAUUUAGAUGGAAAUAUAGGAAAGCAUACUUGGCCAUCGACGGAAAUUUAUAAACCAAAUUUAACCGAUCAAACAAAUUCUGACCAUGGGCCUUUAUCACCUGAUGUGACUUCUCGACUUCCACCUUUGGAUAUAACAAAAGAAGAAGCCUCGCAACUUGGCUACAUGCCCCAACGGGAUGAUUUUGAAUGGGACUACAAUCACGAGGCGGAAUCUCUUGUCUCGUCAUUGUUUUUAAAUCCAACGGAGGACGAUGAUCUUGAUAUUGCAUUGAAACUCGCACAAGUCGAUAUGUAUACAAAUAAUUUACGUGAAAGAGCGAGAAGAAAACGUGUUGUUCGUGAUUAUCAAUUAGUUUCUGCAUUUUUUGCAUCAACACGAAAAGAACGGGGCGUCAAGAGAAAACGAACAAAGGAGGAUAAAGACUUUAGAGAGCGAAUGAGGGUGUUCGCGCAAUUUUACACCGCACAGGAAUACGAGCAAUUUCUCGCGAAUCUCGAACGUGAACGUGAAUUACGUUUAAGAUUAUCAGAAUUGCAUCGUUAUCGUGAGAAUGGUGUCACAAAACACGAGGAAUGCGCACAUUUCGAGCAAGUUGUUAUGCAAUCGCAGGGACAAACUGACGUUGAUCAUUGGUCAGAUAAAAAAUCUGGCAGCAGUGGGCCGUCCACAACAAUUCACCGUCAAUCCUCAAGAAAAAGAGACGAAGAAAAAAGCUCCUCUUUCAUCGACCGAAAGUCCACGUCAAAAGAAUUAGCCAGCACCAGCUCAUUAAUCAAUCCUCACAAUCGGACGACGACUCCAGCCAAUCAAUUGGCGGAGCAGGAUAACAAUCGUUCUUCUUAUGCCGAUUACAAUAUCGAUGCAGAGAAAGACGCGAACUUUGUGAAUUUGGGCAAAACGGAGGAUACAGAAGAGAGAGAUGUCGAGAUAGAAGCCGCGUCUCAUCUUCUUACAAAACAAGAGAAAACACUUUGUCUUCAACUCGAUUUAAAACCAACGCAGUAUUUGACACAGAAAACACUUUUACUUCAGGAAUAUUUGACUGGCAAUAGAAAAUCGAACAUUGUCCCGCAAUCGGAACCCGAGAGUAAAAUCCUCCAUUAUUUGGUUGCCAACGGCUGGAUCGCUGCCAACUGAUUGCUUAAAUUUGUUUUAAGUUUGCCUCUAAAAGUCAACAUCUGUGUGUAAUCGACAGCUAAGUCCUUUUUUUUUUUUUUAUCUUUAAGAAAAAAUAAUAAUAACAAAAAACUUCGAAAUAAUAAUAAUUGUUAAACCAUGAAUUAUGGAGCAGUCGAAAAAGAAAAUCUUUACGUCCAUUUAGAUUUUUAUUAAUUUUACCAAAGAGAAAUAUAAAUACACACUCACUGAAUCAAUUCUCAAAAAAAAAAAUUUCCCUCUUUUUAAUUCCAUAAAAAUUAUUAUUUCUUGGUAAAUUUUUUUUUAACCAUUUUGUGUGUAAAAUAAUUUUAAAUUAAAAAAAAUUGGAGUAAAAGAAAAUUGUUCCUUAAUUAAAAAAAAAAAUGUGUGAUUCUAGAAUUGUUCAGUGUUUGUAAUAAUAAUUUGUAGUGAAUAUCGAAAAUGAAUUUUUAUAUAAAUAUUUAAAUUGAUUAAAAUUUUCGCCUGUUUCAAAUUCAUUUAUAAAAAUUCAGCAUUAAAAGAGGUAAAAAAAAAAAAAAAAUUUCAAAUAAUCGAUUAGUUAUCGAUUGUUUGUCAUUUUUUCCGUCUUCUUUUAAAAUAAAUUGUCAUUCUCGGGGCAAUUUUACUUUGUUUUUGUAAAUAAAAAAAAAACUAGUACCUUUCCUAGAAAUAUAAUGAGCGUUUUUCACGCUUGGGAACACAAAAUACGAUUUGUUAGCGAAAAAAAAAAAAAAAAAAAAAAAAAAGAUGUGUCUAUAGUGUAAAUUAGUACGUGUCGAGUGAUAUUUAAAAACAAAAAAAUCGUUUUUGUGUGCGACUUGAAUUGUAAAAUUUUUCAAUUGAAAAGAAAAAAAAAAAAUCUCUCAAAUUUGAGAAAAAGAGAGAAAACUGUGAAAAAUGUAAUUAAUUCAAACUUCCAGAAUUAGUCUUCAUUAGUUUAAAAAAGCCUUAAUUUUAUUCAUGGUACAAGAUGCGUUUGAAAAUUUCCAUUUUUCUUAAAUUUCAAAAGUUGAUUUCAACGAAAAAUUACUAAAAUUUGAAAAAAAAAUCAACUUUUCGUAGAUAAUUAAAUUAAACACUAAUUUUAUAAUUUAAAUCGUUAAAUUAUUUAGUUAAAUUUGUAUUUAGCAAAAUUAAAUUCAUUAAAAAGUAUUAAAAAAAAAUUACUAAUAACUAAAAGUAUUAAAAAAAAAAAUACUAUUUAAUGAAAAUUUAAAAAAAAAAUUAGUAUAAUAAUUAAAUUACUGUUUAGUAAAAUUUUAAUUAAUUACUAAAAAAAAAAAAAUUGUUAUUACAUUUUUCUUUAACUAAGAAAAUUUUAAUUAUUUUUAAUUGUAAAAAAUUCAAAAGAAAUUUUCAUGCGUAUCUAAUAUUUAUAAUUAUUAAUCUCUUUAUGUCGAAUUUUUUAGCAUUUAGAGAAGAAAAAAACAAAAAAAAAAGAAACAAAACAUUUUAAACUACAUAUUUUAAUAAUGUUCUGAAAUCUGGGUAAAGAGGUGGAAAAUUUCUUUUUCAUCAUUCAUUGAAUUUAGAGAUGAGCGAAUCUCUAUUUUUCCCAUUUACGCUCUUCGGACAAAAAAAAUGUUAAUUGUAGAAAAAAAAAGAUUUAAUAUGAAACAAUGAAAAAAAAACCACUCCCGCCCAAAAAAAAAAAAUAAAUAAAAUUCACGCUUAUUAAGUGUCUAAGAAUCUAUAUAUAUAAUGAUAAUUAAGUGAUUUUUUUUUUAAAUUGUUCAUGUACAAAGAAAAUAAAUUAUAAAUAAAAUUAAAUUAAAUAAAUAGAGAAAAAAGAAAACUUUCAAAAGUUUUUAGCAUUUUUACUAAAAAUUUAUUGAAAAUUUGUUUUUUAAAAUCAUUGGAAUUAAAUUUGGAAAAAAUUGUAAAAAAAAAAUCAAAGAAAAUAAAAAUUUAACUUUUAUAAAAAGGCAAAAAAGAAUAAUUUAUUAGUAAUUUUAAUGAAAUAUAAAAAUAAAUUUUAUUUUCAAUUUGAGAGGAACAUGAACAAUUUAAAAAAAAAAAUGAAAAAUCGAAAACGAAAAAAAGACGCUUUUGAGUAUCAUUGAAUACUUGAAUUUUUUUUCUCUCUCUCUCUCUAUCUCUCUCUGUAUAUAAUUAUUAGAAUUUAUAGUGUAAAAAGAAAAUUUGUAAUAUUAUUUAAGUAGUUAAUUAUUGCUCAUAAUUUUAAUAGGCGAAAAAGAAAACUAAUCAAUAGUUUUUUUGAAUUUGAGAAAAUAAUUUGUCUUUGAAGAGAGAUUUAAAAAAAAAAAAAAAAAAAAUAUUUAAUUUUCCCUUUUCAAAGGCAUUAAUUUUUUUUUUUUAUAUAUAAUAUUAUUACAACGAUUUUAGUUAUUUAUUAUUAAUUUCUUUUUUUGUUUCUUUUGGCAAUGCCAAAGGCAAAAAAAAAUUUCAAUUGUAACAAAGGGCGAGUAAUUUAUUUUACUUUUAUAUUUUUGAAAGAAGGGAAAAAAAGAAAGAAAGAAUAAUAAAAUGAAAAAAAAUGCAUUUUCAAAUUCUUUUCGUCUAUAGUAAAGAUGAUAAAAAAUUUCGUAUUUUUAAUUUCGAAGACGAAAGAGUGAAUAUUUUUCUUUUUCCUUUUUUUGAUUAGAAAAAGAAAAAAAAAAGAAUAGAGCGAGACAAUGAUGAAUUUUUGCUCCUUCCUAAUUGUCUUUCCUCUCGUAUAUAUGGCACUGAAAAAUGAGAUGCUUAUAUGUGAUUUAAAAUGUGCAUUGUACCCUUAACGAAUAGUAUUCCAAACUGCAUAUAUAUAUACUUUGACACAUUUGUUCGAAAAAUCUCGAUUUAGAAUUGUGAAGAAAAAAAAAAUAUAGACAUAUAUGUAUAUUUAAAAUAUUAUAUUUUCAAAAUGAUCAAGACUGCUGAUUAAAGAAAAAAAAAAAAAAAAAAAAAAAAAAAAAAAAUCAUGCUCUCUUUACACAAAGAAAAAAUAAAAACGAAAUUCUAUAAAUACUCGACGUUGUGUAUUUUUUUUGUUUCGCUUUGUGAAGAAGCAUUGAGAAAUAAAAUCAAUUAUGAGAUUGAA